AUGGUGAAAACGGACGGCCGCCGGUGGAAACCGAGAACGAUUUACCAGUCGGCGUAUCGAAAGCCGUCGUCGUCGACGGGCGGCGGCGAAGAUGAGCGAAAUAUUUGCAGUGACAGUCAGCCGCCGCGGCCGUCGUCGGUGGCCGUGGCUCGAUUCGACCGGCUGUUGGCCGACCGGACCGUCGUCGAAAACGCCGUGCCCCCCGAGCUCGCGAUUCCGCUGCGCGUGGACGUCACGCUGAGUACUUACGGCCGCGACUAUUUGCUGCCGUCGCGCGCGGCCGCGGUGGCCAAGUGGUCGUCGCGGCGGCCGGAACCGACGGGCGGAGGCCCUACGACCGCCGCGGGGACGACGGCCACGGCCUGCGAACGUCUGGCCUGCACCGCUUCGCCGCGCACCAACAUCACGUACUCGGGGCCCGCGCCACCGGAACCUUACGUGGCGCCCCGGUCCGAGUACUGGUUGACGCACGGUCAUCUGGGCGGCCGAGUGAUCGCCGACGGCACCAUGCCCAAGCGGACGAAACGCUGUCAGCGGAUAAACCCGACGCGUAUAUUUUAA